AUGGCCGACCUUGAAAGAACCGUACUGGACUUCUACCAGCUGUCGGACCCGUAUCCUGUCGAGUGGCCAGCCGAGAAGGACACGAGCGACGUGUCGGAAGAUGAGGAGACAAAGAAGAAGAUCAACCGACGCAAGUCGAGAUACCAGGCGCUGGAGAGGGCUGUCAGCAACAGGGUCAGCAUGCUUCCUGGGCAAGAGAAAUCCGCGAAUGGCGUCGGAAACAUUGUCCAGAAGGACGAGCCCGACCCCUUGGGCACCACCGACAGCGUCGUCAGGACGUUGAAGCAACUCGGCGUCCCUGUGCAGGAAGACCCGCGGCUACGAAAUCGAUUUCUCAUGUCCUCGACCACAUUCUCCCCGGCGCUAUUCCUCUCGCAAAUGCACUCGACAGCGGACACGCAGUCCUUGCUCAACGGUCUCGACAUCCUGUCGCAAUCUAUCGACCAGAAGAGUGCAUCCCUCAAGGUCCUCGUCGAAUCCAACUUCGAGCGCUUCGUGCGUGCGAAAGCCACCAUCGACAACGUCUAUAAGGAGAUGAAGUAUCGUGGGAUAGACCCAACGCCCCCGACCAACCGACCCCGCGCGCACUCGAGACAUGCUAGUAGGAACAGCUUCCGCAGUAGCAGCGGGAUCGGGCUCACCAGCCCGAUGGUACCGGAUCCGAGGAAGAAGAAUGCGCUUGUAAAAGAGAGUGAGUAUGGAGUAUCGGGAAUCAAGGGCCCGCUACUGGAUGUGUCAGCAAAGGCAGAGGACGUGUGGGGACCAGCUUUGGGUGGGCGAGACAAGGAGGAAAGGCUUAAGGAUGUGGCUGCAACUCUGGAGAAGCAUCGAGAAUAUGUCGAAACCAGUGCGGCUAUCGCUGAGAGCAUCAAGCGGAAGGACUUCGAGGCCUUGGUUGAAGAGUACAACAGGGCCAGGUCAUUCGCAGACGACGCCCGUCAAAUUGCUCAAGGAGGAAGCCAGGAGGAAAAGCUGCCAGAUCACCAAUUAUAUCAGAUCCUUCUGGCUGCCCGGAUGUGGCACGAUGUGCACGAGCAGAUUGAGGCAUUCAAGCGGGAUAUGUGGAAGAAGCUGGUCAAUCUCCAUACUGCUCCGAAAUCAGAGACUGCUGGGCGCCAGGACCAACACAUGGAGAUUAUAAGUUUACUGCUCGAGCUGGGCGUGGAAGAGAACCCCAUAUGGAUCUGGCUUCUCAGUCGUUACGAAUACCUCAAAAGCAAGGCUACGUCAACGGCAGACAGGACUAAGGUCGAAAUCGAGGUGGCAAGACGUCGUAUUGCGAACGUUGAAAAGCCAGGCUCUCAGGCAAUCGCGACCCAUUUGAAAACUAUCGCACGGCAGUCGAUGGAGAGCAAGUCGCAUUCAUUUGAUUCGGCCGAUAUCGUGGAGUUGUGGGAGAAGAUUUAUUCGUUCAUGAACAGCAUGUUAUCCUCACAGGGCAUUAUCGGAGAGGUCGUCGACUUCUGGCAGACUGUACAAGGCUUCCUGGAAGGAAGAACUCAGACCUCCAUGCCAACGGGAUACAACGGCGAAUCCCAGAAACACCAUGAAUUGACACCACAAUGGGCAGAGGAUCUACAGAAAGGGACAUUGGAACUUGUCGACAUGAUUCGCGAGCACGUUUUCCUGUUCUUCGUUGGCCCGCCACCCGAGGAUCUUUCAAUGCUUCUCUCUCCUAUGCCCUCAGAGCCGAGUACACCCUUGUCGGCUGCUCUUGGCGUAGCUCUCACGCCCAAUACCCUUAGAGAUCCUCGGAUGCACCUGGAUCCGGGCAGCAUCCCGCCUCCAUCCCCAAGACGAGGAGAGCAAUGGGAGAAGUAUGCAUUCUGGCCGCCGUGGUCUAAUUCGGUCAGUGCUGUGCACUAUCUCGCCAAGAUACUCGCCGUUGUGGGUUCAGGGUCAUGCGACAUGGCCAGCUUGGCGCCUGUUGUCCGAGGCGAUGGUGCGGUUCUCGAGAGGUUGAGAACACUUGUUGCAUCCGUCAGAGAGCGAUGCGUAUCAGCCCUGUGUGCCGCAUGGAAUAAGGACGCGGAGAACAUCAAAUACGUGGAAGACUGGAGCAGAUCUGCGGAGAGGAAGGAUGUGACGAAGAUGCCCGCCAGUUUCAAGGCAUUCGAGAGCGCUCUCCUCACUGGCAUGCAGCAAAUACUGUACAUUUCUGAGGCUAUGUCGAAGCCUGGUGCGGGUGACAUUGUACAACCACCACCUACAAAACUACUGCAGACAGUGCGCAGCCAGUACGUCACGACUCUAUACAAGGCUUUGAGUGGUAUGGUGGAGAAUGCAGAGCGUUCCGUUCGAAGAACGGAUGAUGAGUGGACGACUGAGGAGGGAUUUGUCGUUGUGAAUGGAGGCAGUUCACGCGUAGCCAGCAUGAGCGGUGCAACAAUCAAUGCUGGUGACAGGAACGUUCGCAUGCUACUGACCCUGAGCAACUUCCAAUCACUCCGAGCAGAGGUCGUCCCUGGUCUGAACACACAGUUCGAGAAUGCUUUCUCCGUCAAGCUCACCGACGAGACGCUCAAGAUCAAGGACGUCCUCGCCCAGAUCGACGCCCGCCUUUUCCAAUCUUACACGCGGCCCUACAUAGAAUCCCUCCGAUCCGUGAUCCGCACCGGCGUCACGGCGCCAGACUGGGCGCCGGCGUCCCCGACCGACAAACCGCGCGAGGUCAAGCCGUACGUUUACGAGGCGCUGCUCAGCCUGGUGCUGGUGCACACGCAGGUGUCGACGACGGCGGCCUCGCUGACGAGCCAGGUGCUGUCGUAUCUGCUGGAGCUGUCGUCGCGGGAGCUGCUAGACGCGUUCCGGACGCGGCAGCGGUACGACCUGGCGGCGCUGAUGCAGGCGACGCUGGACGUCGAGUUCGUCGCGCAGACGCUGUCGCAGUACAUGACCGAGAAGGCCACGGAGCUGCAGACCACCAUCUACCAGGAGCUGGACUCGCGCACCGACAACGACGCCCGCGCCCGCCUGCAGGCCGAGCUGCCCGAGAUGCGCAGCGUGCUCAAGAGGCUGCGCGAGGCCAGCAAGAACGAGUUCGCCUGCUUCCGCAAGCCGAGAAGGCGGGACGGCGCCCCUGGAGGUGGCGGAAGUGGGGACACGAGCAGUGUCUCGACUACGACAAUGUCCAUAGCUGGGUCGAUUUAA